CUGAGCUGGUUAAUCCGUACCCGUUUACCGAGCUCCCCACAUUUCAUGCGAGUAGUCUCCAGACGUCACGAGGAAACUGUAGGAAACGAACAACAUGACAUUUAACGGCGCGGGAGGCGCACGGGACUACGUUUCGAGCCACCCGGAAAUCGCCGAGAUCGCUCGACAAAUUCCGUUCCUUGAUCCCGCAACGGUGACAUCAAGAAUUUUCUCUGUGCGGAACGUCUUCAAACGAAAAGGCGUUGACAUCGCAAAACCCUGUUCCAGGAGUGAUGAGGCAGGAUGCUGGUUGCUUGAGCACGUGACACUCUGCAAUCGAAUCUUAUUCUCCGUUGAUGUUCAGCUCCACGAAAGUAAGCCAGGAGAGCUGAAUGUCUCGCGAAUACCGUCAAAUCACGGCACCUUAUCUGAGGUUGCGUUGCUGGACUCUCUGUUCCUCAUCUGCUGGCUCGUGAAACAACACCCCUGCAUACAACGAAUAGAUCUGUACGAAACAAGCCUAUUUGUCCACUUCCCGACGGCCCUUAAACUUGCCCUCGUGCACGGCUCUAACAUUAAAAGCGUCAAAGCAGGGCAUCAGACCCGAGAGCAUGCUAGAGCAUUUUGCUACCUCAUGCUGGAUAUCGAGUCCGCGUCACGACUCUCGGAAGGACUCAAGAGGUCACCGCAGUUGAAAUCUGUUGUCCUACAGUACUGUGGUGUCAGCAAAGAGGGGAUGAAGCUCCUGUUGAAAGCACUUCAGCAGUGCAACCACUUGACGUCUCUGCAAAUCCGUGAUUACAGCUUCAAGAAAGCUGCCGCUGUGCAUCUGGCGGAAAUUGUGAAACGCAACAGCUACCUGAAGGACCUCUUUCUCUAUCGCAUGCCUGACGAUUUUGCUCAGGCUCUCAAAGUGAACGUUACUCUCCGGAAGCUUCAGCUUCGAUGGAGCAGUUUCACAGACGCAGGUGCAACGCAUCUAGCACGAGCUCUGGAGUCAAACCAUACGCUUCGUGAACUCGAUCUCUCCCUUAACGACCUGACGGAAGUGACCCUGGUACAGUUUGUGAAGACCCUUACAGUGAACACUUCACUGGAAGUGGUGCAUCUUGGAACGAUCGCUUUCUCUGGCGAGGUUGACGAAGAGAUUGCUCAGGUUAUCAGAGCUAGCCACCAGUGUUACCACAGAAUCUCUACAAAGUGGAACACCCUCGCGCUGAACGAGUUGGCACGUCUCAUUUCGCUCAACUACGGCGACGUCAAAAAGAUUUACAUCUGGUUCGUUGAGGAGACACCCAUAUUGCGGGUGAUCUCAGCACUAGAAUCAAACUGUCACGUCACGGAAGUGCAUAUCGAAAGAGCUGAUCACGCGACGCCCGGAGGCGAGACGGUUAAAGCUCUUGCGCAACUUAUCGAAAAGACCAGGUCCCUCAAGUUUCUCCACUGCACAUGCCCUUUUGACGCUAACGCUACUUUCAUCAAGGGCCUUACAAACAACGACACGAUCAUCCGUGUCGAGCUCCUGGCCGCAUAUUUUACUACGGAAGUCGCCCGAGCGUUCGCAGCCAUGCUCGAAGCGAACACGACACUGCACGCCUUUGUCACGCAGUUCUCUUGUUACGAAGCAGGGGCGAUCAAAGUGAUUGCGAGGCACUUCCCCAAGAACUACACGCUCACCACAUUCUGGGGGGAUUCGGUGGGUUGUAACUCACGAGCACUGUGCCAGAUUUCCGACGUGCUCCGGAGAAACGAGCUGCUCCUCAAUCGUGCCACGAGGUUUGCCCUGGGCACCUGCAGGGACUGUGAUUGCAGAGAAGCAUUUCGGAUACUCUGGAGGUGCGAUUCCGUGGUGCAGCAAGUUAAGCGUGUCGCAGAGUGUACGGAAGAAGAGGCGAGGCAGUGUGUAGAAGAGGCGAAACUGCUGUUUCCGUAGAGAGGGUCUCUGCUU